AUGGCUGUUUCUUCAGAACCUCUUGUUAUUAAUAAUCAGAGUGUUCUUCAGAAGCAUGCAUCAUUCUUCGAUAGGAACAAAGACGGUGUCAUAUAUCCAUGGGAAACAUUUCAAGGAUGCCGUGCACUUGGAUUGGGUAUAGGUAUAUCAACUCUUGCUGCUGUUUUUAUAAAUUUGGGUCUCAGUGGAAAAACCCGUCCUGGUAAAUAUCUUAAUCUCCUUUUCCCGGUUGAGAUACAAAACAUUACGAAAGCUAAGCGGAAGGGCGACACCGGUGUUUAUGACGCUGAAGGAAAUUUCGACCCUGCAAAGUUCGAAGAAAUUUUUCUCAAGCAUUCACAGUCAGGAAAUGCUUUAACACUCGAUGAGAUGUUGGGUUUGCUGAAACCCAAAACAUCUCUUAAAGACUAUCCUGGAUAUUAUGGAGGCUGGUUAGGAUGGAAAAGUCUACAUGCCGUUUGCAAGGACAAGAAUGGGUUAGUGCAGAAGGAAACUCUUCGAGCUUUUUACACCGGUGGCCUCUUUAAGAAGAUAGAGCAGGAGAGAGCAGCUCGCAAAUAA